UCGAAAUUUUGGUGGGCUCGCGUGCUGCCACUCCGAGGACUCCGCCACCACAUGAAGCAACAGCACCAAUUUUGGCCUCAUCCGUUCAUGGUCAAAAUUUCAUUGACUUCCCACAACGGCUCCUAACCUUGUUUAUCGCUCCAGCACUCUCUUGUCACUUCUUCAACACUUAUAUCAAUCAAGCUCUUUACUACCGGUAGUUGUAUCCCUGACAGCAGCAGUACAAUGAUCUCACAAACCAAGUCCCUGAUAUUAGCUUUCGUGCUGGCCCUCCAAUGUCUUUCCCACGGAGGAAAUGCCAAUCUGUUGGGCGGUGAGGUCGUCUUGGACAAUGUCAACGAGGGCCCUGGAUCGGUGGUGGUCCGCUUCCUUGACACUGACUUUCAAGGAUUGACGAUGGAGAUUGAGUCGGAGGCGGCGGACUUCAAUGUCACCGAUCUUGACGGUGCAAACGUGACGAUUCACCACCUCCCAUACCAAAAGCUGUCGGGAAUGAUUGACUGCAUCAAUGACAAUGCCGGUGCCGACAAUGUAGUCAUCAUCUCGGGAACCAUUCAAGGAACAGCCAACGAGAUUGGUUACUCGGACGCAAGAUAUUUCUACGAAGGUGACCGCUUCAUGACGGCGGUACAAGGGAACCACCAAGGUAACAAUGCUGGCGACCGAGAUCAACUAGGAGAAAUAUCGAAUUUGGGGAACCAAGAAAACCCUGAUCUUUCCGACUGCUACUACUUCUUUGCCAGCGACUUUGAGCUGAGAGAAGUUGCCGGUGGUCACAUCACUGUCUCCAACUAAACUGAUAUCCCUCCACUCAGCAAGCUACCGAGCUAGCAACCUCAUGACUGCUGCCGACGACCAGGGGUCAUCAUUAUCAUACUAACCAUUUUAAAAUACACACUAGUACAUGCUUUUUCU